AUGCUUCCCCCCUCGCCCUCUGGGCCUUUCAACAACAAGAAGGCGAAGAAGGCCUCCGCGAAGAUUCUUCGCAAGGCCGUCAACGCUCCCUUGCCGCAGUCGGACGAUGCUGAUCUCAUCGUUCAUGAGCAAAGCUCCAAUCCUUCGGGUGAGGAGUCUUUGUCAACUACAUCCGGGCCUCUUGCAGUCCAUGAGACUCAAGAGGCUUCUGGUGACCUCAUGGUUCUCGAGCCUGAGGAAGACCGCGACGCGACUGCGGGCCAUGAGCCCAAGGUCGAUGAGCGGGAAACGGCGAUUCCGGACGCGCCUUGGCCGUUCAUGAUUCACCCGUUUCAAGACGACUCGCUCAUCUUGUAUGAGAGGGUCGCUGCCUUCGAUCACUUCGAGCGUACGGUGAAAGCCGAUCGCAAGCAGUGGGAGGAGGAGAAGGCCCCAUGUGGUUCUUGUGGGAAGAGGCACCCGCCUCCGUGCGCUACGCGCAGUCAUCUCGCCGCUAUUAAGGGCGCCAUGGCUGAGGGUAGGCAGCUUCGGAAGGAAUGGGAUGUCCAAGGUCGUCGCCCGCUCGGUGAACCCCAAGGGGAGAUGCUGAAGCGCGAGGUGAAGAUGGCGAAUAGUCAUCAAGGCCUUACCACACCCGCAGUGGCCGCCAAGACUGCUUUUUGCAGUACUUGUGCAAAGUACCACCCUGGUGGUGCGAAGGAGUGCACCGUCCCCUUCUGCACCAAAGGGUGUUCCCUGAACCACCCUCUUGGAGAGGCUUGUGGCGCGGCGGUAAAACGCUUCGCUAAUAUCAAGCGUCUACACGGAGGUGGUGAUGGACCAAGCGAGGAGAAGAAGUCGGUGCCUGCGCCCUCAAAAGCAAUGGCUACUGGCGGCUUUGAUACUGCAAAGUUCAAAGCCUUCUACGAUGCUAUUGGCGACGAUCCCGACGUUGCCAAAUCAUCUGGAGAGCUCUUCAAGGCUUUGGCCACGAAGAGACCUGCGGAGGAGCCGGCUGCAAAGCCGAGUUCCAACAAGAAGGGCAAGAAGAAGCAGAAGGCAGGUGGUGAGAGCUCCUGUCAAGUCCCGAAGCCGGCGCCGAAAGAACCUGAGGGUUCUGACGACAAAGGCAAGGCCAAGGCCAAGAAGGGCGGCGUUUCAACGCUCACUGGGACUGUUUUCAGCCAUCGCUGA